AUGAGGUCCGACCGACCGUCGAUAAAGUCGUGGCUGCUGCCGCUGCUCGCGGUAACGCUGCUGUGCCUUACCACGGCCAGCAAUGCCGCCGAGGAUAACAAGAAAACGGAGAGUCCUGCAGAGACUUCUCCGUUGAAAGUGGCACCAGCUCCUCCCGUAGACGGCGAGGGUCGCAAUCUCUUCCGCAAGGAUCUCGACGAGGACGAGGACAAUUACUCCUCCGAGGGACGUCGCAUAAUCUACGAUCGCCACCAGACGCAGAAUCGCGACGGCAAGGACCUGUUCGACUGGUUCGGCCUCGGCGUCGGCCAGACCAUGGACCCGUACAUGGCCAAGUCGAACAAGGGCUGCCUGAACGGCGACUUCGCCGAGUGCUUCAAGUCCCGGGCGCUCAACACCUUCGCCGAUUUCUUCGAGGAGCCGAGCUACGAAUUGACGGAGAGCGUGAGGGUGGUGAGGAUGCCGAGGAACGUCAUCAGCGAGGUAGCGAGACAGCCCUACGAGUACUCGACCGAGCCCAGAUCCGAGGAUACGGAGUGGGACCAGCUGGUGAAAUUCGCCCUGAGAAAAGCCGAGCGAUUCGUCAAGACGUCGGCGUUCGAGGUGUCGGCCCCGAGCUGGCUCAUGUCCGCCAGUAACGAGGUCUACGCGCCGAGAUUCCUCGACGAGAUCGCCGACGAGAUCGACGUGCUGGAGAACAAGAAGGACACCGUAUUCUCUCGUCACCGGCUGAGGAAAAUCCUCAUCCCCAUGCUGAUCGUCCUCAAGCUCUUCAAGCUCAAGCUCCUGCUCUUCCUACCUCUCAUUCUCGGCCUGGCCUCGUUCAAGAAGCUCCUCGGCUUCGCGGCCAUCGUCGUGCCCGGCAUCAUCGGCUUCUUCAAGCUCUACAAGCCCCUGUCGCCCUCGUACACGCCACCCAUCUACUCGCCCAACGGUCUGGGCCAUCCGGGCGGUUUGCACGGCGGUCUGGGUGGCGGUAGCGGAUUGGGCGGUGGAUACGGCCCCGGCGGCGGCGUCUUCGGCAGUCCCUACAGCAAGGAGGGCGUCAACAGCGACUUCGGCUCCAACGGAUUCCAUCCUUCCACGUCUUACAACGAUUACGGCAACAACAACAACGACGCUCAACAUUUCGCUCAAGAAUUGGCCUAUCAGGCCUACGCGAGGAACAACAAGAAGAGCGAGAUAGAGGCCGAGACGGACGACGAGAAAAAGUCGAGAAAAUAG